AUGGAUUCCCACGAGCAUCCAAUUGACAAAGCUCGGCGGUUACAAGACGAGCGCAUCAAAGCCGACUGGAAUUUCUUUGUCAUGUGGGAUCAGUGGGUGCCUACCGAAGUUGUGGCCGACUCCAUCCCCUCAAAAAGACACGCACUUUCCAAGAAAUAUUUUGGCCAUGAAAUAUUUGACAUGGGCUGGAGCACUGAAGCCGAUGACCUGCCGACCGUGGGGACGCCGACUGGAACAUCAUCGGCCGGUGAACACUUUGGAGGUCAAACAUUCGACAUGUGUUGGGACACUGAGGUUGAUCCGGCACCGAUCAUGAGCGAGAAUGCAGCAAGACCUGCUGCCGCAGGUCAGUACAAUCUUUGUUGGGACGAUGAACCGGACCCAUCAAAGGUUGACUCGCCGCCGAUAGUGGAGCCGGCGACUAUCGAGACUCCGACCAUGGAUAGUCGCCAUACCAUCGGCGGCCGGACCGGCCGUCUGCAUCAGCAGUGGGUUAUGAAGCCAAUUUUGACAUGUGCUGGGGAGAUUCGCCAUCGGGCGGAGGUGAUGACCUUCGCACCUGGUGGGACCACCGCACCAGCGAUGAACUUGGUCAACUCAGCUGCUAACACACAGCAGUCGUCUGAGAGUCACUCCACUGGCACUCAGGCUUUCUACGACAUGGGCUUUGGCCGUGGCUCGCCGGAUACAUCUGUAGUACCGAGAGACGGCUCGCCUGAGCGACAUGUUCGAAACCACCGAGGAUUUGCUGCACCGAGCAACUCUGAGGCUGGAAAGCAUCGACGCUUUAUCGAGUACGUUCAUAUUUCAGCUCAUCCUCACUGCCAUCACAUUGACCUCCACCCGACAGGAGAUGACCUAGGACACACCUCGGCCAUGGAUGGUGUCGCGUCUCCAAGAGACAUCAUGCAUGCCAACCGGGAUUUGAUAUCGGCAUAUCGGGAUGCACGCGACCGAUUGAUUGAAGCCGGUGAAGAUGUUGUCAGGAUGCAGCAUCUGAUGAACAUGCAGCGCCAGAUUGAUGAUCCGCUGCAUGUGUUGCUGCUGGCAAUGAGGAAAAUGGGCAGGGGACAUUCCCCAUUCCAGUAG